GGGUUGGCGUAGUCUCCUCGGUAAGUCCAGUUUAAGAAGAGCAUCAUCGUCUGCUACAGAUUUGUAACAUUUAGUGGCAAUGAAGCAUAGAAAACGUGCAUCUUUUCAAACACUUGACAGUUGUUAGCUUGGCUACUGUGAGGUGACUGACUCCCAGAACAGAAAAGAGAUCUCCUUCAACAUUAUUCUGCCAGUUUUUUAACUUCUAGUGGGAAUGAAGCAUAGAAAAUGUACUUUAGUUCAAACUUUGUCAGUCUAGUACUAGACUGAGAUAACAGUCUCCCAGAACAGGACAGAGGGAUCAGUUUCAGCAUUGCAAGUUUAAUGACUGAAGUAACUGGAUCCCAGUGAGGCAACUGGGUCCCAGGGCAGAACGGAGAGAUCAGUUCAAACGCUGACAGUUAGUUUGGCUAUUGUGAGAUAAUGGCCUCCCAGAAUAGAACAGAAAUCAGUUCAAACAUUGACAGUUCAGUGACUGUGGGGUAAUUGUCCCCAAGAACAGAACAGAGGUGUCAGUUAAAUCAUUGACAUUUCAAUGACUGUGAGCUGACUGUCCCCAAGAACAGAACAGAGAGGUCAGUUGAAGCUUUGACAGUUCAAUGACUGUGAGCUGACUGUCCUCAAGAACAGAACAGAGAGAGAUCUUGAACAUUUCAUCCAUGACUUUCUUUGUGACGUGAAAAGCCAAAUUGACCACUGAACUCUACCCAAAACAAACAACAGAAUUGCGAAGCAUCUUCCAUCAUCGAAGCGGCGAUCUACCCCAGAAACCGAGAAGGAAAACCAAGAAGACGUGUAAACAAACGCCCCCAACCCAGACAACGGAAGAAAGAAAGACCAUGGCGCCGCCCUCUAAGACGAGGCCGAGAGAGCAGCUGAGGAUAUUCCUCACAGCCAUUCUCUUUGUCUCAGUGGGUUUCCUUUCCCGAUCCGGAAGCGCCGAGGUCAUAGAUUUCGACAUUCCGGAUAUUGUGGACUACGGAAUCUGCCCCAUGCCGAGGAGCGGGGUCGUCGACAUGGAGUGGUUCAGUGGUACCUGGUACCAGGUCGAGGAGGUUCCUAACCAGUACGUGGCUGUGAAGAAAUGUAUACGAACGAAAUACGAUUAUAAUGGAAGUGCCCUGCUGGUCACGACGGAAGGGCUCGACAAACACGGGGAACUGACGGACAAAAGGGCGGUUCUGAGUGCGGUCGAACCCAGGAGGAAGUCCCAGGAACGUUAUCUGCAGCUAACUGCGCAGAACGUGCCAACCGUCCCUUACCACAUCCUGAAGGCAAACUACACGGAAUACGCCUGCGUCUACUCCUGCUUCGAGGUCAUAGAGCUGAAAGUCGAGGUCUACUCCAUCCUGACGAGGACCCCGUACCCUCCAGAGGACUCCCUGGAAGCCUGCCGAGGGGCCUUCCAGAAGAUGCGCCUCAGCCUGAAGAAACUCCGGAAGGUGCAACAGGGAGGGAAGUGUUGGUACGCCAAGGACCUCCGCCCUGGAGGAGGAGGCCAGAACGGCGUCGUCAUACCCUUCCCGGCUAUCGUUCCCGGCAUCCAGCAGCAGGCUAACGGGAAAGGCAACGGCUCCCUAACUAACUCGAAUGGCAAGCACUCGGAUCCAGGCGGCGAUUCGCUGCUGGAAGAGUCUGGAAAUGAGCUGAUAUCCGUUCUGGAAGAGGCUGGCAGGGAGGAGGAUGGGGGUCUCCAGGGUUAUAAGAAGAUUCUAGUCGGAAACGAUACGAUUGUCCAGCUGAACAUCAAGAAGUUGUCUCCUCUGAACGGUGAUAACGGUCACAAGGCCAAUGGUGGAGAUGGGAAUACUAGGCCUAAAGAUAAGGCACCGCAUGAUGACGCCAGCGAGUGCUCUGAACACUGCCAAGAUAACGCGUCAUCGUCUUCACGGUACAGAGUGGAGCUGAAGACACUUAUCACCACGAUAACGAUGACUUUUGGCGCCAUCUCUCUCUGUCGAGCUGUGUAGUGCUAGAAAGGGCGUCUGGAUUUUGAGACUAAAGCCACGGUCAAAUAAAAAAAAUGACUGGGUCGUAUUCUGUGAGCCACAAUUCAACCUUAGGCCUUCAUAAGCCUUAGACAGUUAGCUUUUGUUUCGACUGGACCGUCUAGAAGUGAAGGUUUGUAUUCAGUUGGCGAAUAGGCCAAGGCCUGUGUAUCCUAGUGUUACCUUCACUGUAUUUCCUUACUUCUGAGCCACCAUUCCCCUCAGCCUUCAUAAGUUUUAUACAGAUAACUCUUGUAUCGACUGAACUGUCUAGAAACGAAGGUUUGUAUACAGUUGGUGAAUAACCCUAGGCCUAGUUUAGGCCUAUUAAUGACAGUGUCCACUUUCACUGUAUUUUCUUACUCCUAUGAGCCACAAAUCACCUCAGCCUUCUUAAAAUUGAGACAUUAGGUAUUGCAUCGACUGGACUGCCAAGAAGUGAGGGCUAUAUAUUCAGUUGGGCGAAUAGACCUAGGCCAAGGUUAGACCUACAUAUAAUAGCGUUCACAUUCGCCGUGUUUUUCAUUUUAAGAAUUGCCUUCCAGUGAGAAUGAACAGUUUACAAUUGAAGGUUUGUUAUGGGUUGGCGAAUAGGCCUAAUUUGUCUUAUAUGUAUAAAUAUAUAUA